AAGUUCCAAAUUCAAACAAAUUCUGAGAGGAUAAACCUAUUAAAUCUUACUGAGUGUUGGCAUCAUGGGAAAGGAAGUUAAUCGUAUUGACCACCUUGUCAUGACAGAACUAACAUCUUAAAGGCCCCAUUUAUUUCCAGAGUUGCACUUCUUCAAAAUAAGUGUAAUAAACCAAAUUAGUUAAAACAGUGCAAAACCAUGUGUGGACACUCUUAAUUCAACUUAAACCUGGUUUACACUGAUUUACUGAAACUCAAAUUAGCAUCUAGUUUUGCAUCAGUUUAACCAGUUAUGAGCUGCUAGAAGCUGAAGAACUGGUUCCUUCAGUCGCUCCGGGACUUUGGCGGCACGUCCUUCAGUCGCUCCAGGUCUUCAGCGGCACUGAAGGAUCUGCUGCCGAAGUGCUGCCGAAGGCCCAAAGCGAGUGAAGGGCCCACCGCUGAAGGCCUGGACUGCUGCCGGAAGAAAGAAUCAAAAGUCUAGUCUCUUUUAAGCAGAGCUGAUUGGCAUAGUGGAAAUUGCCAUGAGACUUCUCUGUACUGCACUUUCUUUGGCCUUGAUUUACCAGCUGGUUGAUGCUACAUUAUCAAAGACAGAUGCAAAGAAAAUGGCUUCAGAAACGCUGGAGGAAAAGAUAUGGCAUUCAGACAAAAUUGUACAAGACCGGGGUCUGGUAGUCACUGAUCCAAAGGCAAAAGAUAUUGUGUUGGAACACAAAAGUUACUGUGCCAAGAAAAUGAAGGAGAGACACUUCUUGGGAGAUGUUCUGGGAUAUAUCACCCCUUGGAACAACCAUGGCUACGAUAUUGCUAAAGUGUUUGGAAACAAAUUUACGUUGAUCUCCCCAGUCUGGCUACAGGUGAAAAGAAAGGGAAAGGAGAUGUUCCAGUUCACAGGGCUCCAUGAUGCUGACCAAGAUUGGAUAAAAGAUGUCAAGAAAAAAUCUAAAAACAUCAAAAUAGUUCCUCGGAUUUUGUUUGAUGGCUGGACUUACCAAGAUUUUGAGAGUGUUUUUGGCAGUGAGGAUGAGAUAGAGGAGCUUUCCAAGACGAUGGUGCAAAUAGCCAAGGAAGAAAAUUUUGACGGAUAUGUAGUUGAAGUGUGGAGUCAGCUGGGAAAUCAAAAGCAAGCGGAGCUGAUUCAUUUGCUCACUCACCUCUCGGAAGCUCUCCAUGAAGCACAAUUUAAGCUAAUACUGGUCAUCCCACCUGCUGUCACACCAGGGACCAACCAGCUGGGAAUGUUCACAAAGAAAGAAUUUGAUCAAUUGGCCCCAGUAAUGGACAGCUUCAGUCUCAUGACAUAUGACUAUUCAACACCACAGCGGCCUGGCCCAAACUCCCCUCUUCCCUGGGUACGGGCCUGUGUUCAGGUGCUUGAUCCUGAAUCCAAAUGGAGGAGUAAAAUUCUGCUGGGGCUGAAUUUCUAUGGCAUGGACUAUUCAGCACUGGGUGCCUCUGGAGAGCCUAUCCUUGGUAACAGGUACAUUGAAACCCUGAAGGAAAACAAACCGAAAAUUGUUUGGGAUGAACAAAUAGCUGAACACUCUUUGGAAUACAAAAAAAGUAAAGGAGGGAAGCAUGUUGUCUUCUACCCAACAUUAAAGUCCAUCCAAUUGCGCUUAGAACUUGCAAAGGAACUGGGGACUGGAAUAGCCAUCUGGGAGCUGGGACAAGGCUUGGAUUAUUUUUAUGAUCUGCUUUAAAAUUGCAGACUAAUUGGAGAGACUUCAUUUGCUUCACAGAGACUGCACAUUCAAUUAAGUGAGGUAUUUCUGGGAAGAUGAUUUUUUUUUUGUAAUUUAUAUGAAAUCUGUAUGGAAUUUGUAUGUUCCCAAUAAAGAACCUGUUCUGAAUUACUGUA